UGCCCGCUGCUGCCGUGCCCUGCCCCUCGCGGCUCUGCCCCCCGGAUGAUGCCGGUUAUUUAUUGCGCUGCCCAGCACGGGCCGGCCCCAGGGCUCGGUGUCCCCUUUCAGCGCCGGCCGCGUGUCCUUGAGGCGGCUCCCGGCGCUCCCGGACACCGCCCGGAGCCCGGAGCCUCCCGAGCACGGCGGUCGGAGACGAGGCACUUCUCCUCUGGCCACCUGCUGACCCAGCCCCGGGUUCCCCCUUUCCUAGGCACCGCUCUGUUCUGGGAACAACCGUGAGAACUCUGCCCGGGAAGUGCAUUCCCUGUCCUACAUGCACUAUUUAAAUGAGUGAAUCGUCUGCCUUCCUUCACAGAUGCCCUCAGAACAUGUCUGAUUGGACAAGUCUGUGGUAUGUCUGGCUGAUCUUGCUGCUGGUGUUCCUGCUCCUGCUCUGCGGGGUCUCAGCGAGCUGUGUCAAAUUCUGCUGCCGGAAGAAAAGGCUUCCAGUGGAGCCCUUCCCUCGGCACCCUUGUGACCUGCCAGUGAUUGGCAUUGACAGUGACAGCACUGCCCACAGCACAGUGACCUCAUACAGCUCAUGGCAGUACCCUCCAAGUGUCCAGAUUCCCUUGGUAUUUGUGGAUAUGGAUAAGAACACUGUGUCCCCUCCAGCUUACAGCCUCUAUGCCAUGGACCUGCCACCUUCCUAUGAUGAAGCUGUUCAAAUGGGAAAGCAAGUGGCACGGACAAACCAGAAACUUGAUGACAUCCCUGAACAGGUGACAUCACGUGGGCUGAAUCCCAGCCAGUCCCCACCUGACACAAUCAACAGAGAUCCAGCAACACAGGCAAAUUCAGAAGAUUCAGAAGAUGCCAGGAAAGAACAGCCACAGGUCUGACUCAGUUCAGAUGGGGAGAAAAGUAAGGGAAGGACUGUAAGAGUUAAAGAAGACAUGAAGAGUUUGGGUUUCUAAGUAGGUUAUGAUGGAAAGAUAUUUCUUCUCAUGCCCUUGUAAUGAUUUGUCAGAAGAAAUGUUUUCUGUGACUGCUGUAAUCCCCUGGUAAAGCUUCUUCAAGGAUAUGAAAUGAGGUAAAAGGGCAGCAGUUUAAAAAUGCCUGUAAAAGUGGGACGUGAAUGCGUGUUCAUCUUCUGAUAAAAAAAUUGUUCCUUGUGUCCAGCAAUAAAAAAGGUCAGGAGAAUUUUGCCACCUUGGGAAUACACACUCAGAACAGCACAAACAGGAAGCUGCUGUACUAGAACAGAAGUUUCCCAAGUGGAGUUGAAGGGGGAAUCCCAGCAAGUGACACUGAACAACCUCUGUGGUUUCUCUUCUUUUGAGAACACCAGCUGCCCAGGAAACUGCUGAGGACAAAUGCUGCACAGUGGCUCGUGUUCCUCAAGGAGCAGGAAGAUGCCAGGACAGGAGAGCGUGGAGGGAAAUGCUUUGUGCUGUUUCACACCUGCACAAAGGGAAUGAGGCAGAUGAGACACGACACUUCUGUGCUGGUGGUGGUCAUGAGACCCCAAGGGAUUGUUUUUGAGGUUCUAUAAAUCUUUCCAUUUCUAUUUUUGGAGAUGUGUUGCCUUGUGGGUGGGUUCCCUUUGCUAUUUAUUUUUUCCACAUAAAGUACACAUUAAUUCCAAAGAGA